AUGAGCUCAAACAAGGCGCUUAUCUUCAAGAAAGUCCCUCAGGGAUACCCCGUCCCCGGCGAGCACCUUACCAUCGAGCCCGUCGACUAUGACGCCAACACACCUGCCCCCGAGAAUGGCGUUGUCCUACAGUCGCUGUACACCAGCUUCGACCCCUACAUGCGUGGCCGCAUGCGCGAGCCUCACGUAAAGUCUUACUCUCCCGCUCUUGAGCUUGGCAAGCCCAUCGAAAGCUCGACAAUUGCCAAGGUCCUCCGCUCCAACAAUGCUUCCUUCAAGGAAGGUGAUCUGGUCAUCGGCUUUGUCCCCAUCCAGGAGUACAUCGUCCUCGACGGCUCCCAGGUUGCCCGCAUCCGCCCUCUAGAGAACCCCCUUGGCAUUGAGGACAUCCGUGUGUUCCUUGGCGCUCUGGGUAUGCCCGGUCUGACCGCCUACUCUUCCCUUUACGAGAUUGGCAAGCCCAAGAAGGGUGAGACAAUCUUCGUCUCCGCUGCCAGCGGCGCUGUCGGACAGCUAGUUGGUCAGCUAGCUAAGCACGAGGGUCUCAAGGUCAUCGGCAGUGUUGGUUCCGAUGAGAAGCUCGAGUACAUCAUCAAGGACUUGGGCUUCGAUGGCGGCUUCAACUACAAGAAUGAGAAGCCCGCUGAUGCACUGGCCCGCCUGGCGCCCCAGGGUAUCGACAUCUACUACGAGAACGUCGGCGGCGAGCACCUCGAGGCCGCUCUGGACGCCAUGAACAACUUCGGUCGUGUCGUUGUCUGCGGCCUGAUCUCCCAAUACAACGCGGCUCCUUACCCCAUCAAGAACAUCCACAAUGUGCUGACCAAGCGUAUUGAUAUGCGUGGCUUCAUCGUCAGCGACCCUGGCAUGGGUGACAAGUACACUGUGGAGCACCAGAAGAACGUGCAGAAGUGGAUCAAGGAGGGAUCCUUCAAAUCUCUCCUGCACGAGACUACCGGCAUCGACAACGCCGCCGAGGGUCUGGUGGGUAUUUUCCACGGUAAGAACAAGGGCAAGGCCGUUUUGAAGUUCUAG